AUGCAUUGCAUUUUUAAGUCCAAAAACAAGUAUUCACUCUUCUUGUUUCAGUUUUAGAUUAGCCAAUAUUAGUAAAAGAAGAACCUCUCUAUCGCUAAAUCCUUCUCGUACUCAUUGAUCAAGCCUUAUUUAACCUUUCUGAAUGUCACCUAAUUUCUUAAAGUUUUUCGAAAUUUCAUUAAUUCAAACAUAUUAAGGGAAUUUUCAGUUUUAAAGGAUUUUCUUUUGGCUUCGCAGUCCUGGAUAUAGUAAUUAUGUUUUAGGAGUUCGUUUUUUUAAUGUUCAAUUUUAUUAUGCAAUUUAAAAGAGAUUUCACUUAAUUAUAAUAGAUCCUUACACUUUAUAGCCACUCAAUCAUUCAGAAUUAUAAUGUUCUUUUCUUAUGUUAAAAAGUAUAUUCUUUAUCAAGAAUAAUAAGACUUUGUUUAAGAUUUUCUCCUCUUGCUCAUGAAACAAAUCUUAUUAGAAUGCUUCUAAAUGUUAGCAUAUUUAGAGAUUAAGAAAGGCUUAGGUCUAAAAAUAAUUGAGUUGUUGUUUCAUUUCUAUAGUUUGCUAAUUUAAUUAUGA